ACGAAAUUGUGAGCGUCAUGGCUGAGGCCAUCUUCUGCUUCUGUCAACAUCAGCCAUUGAAUCCGCUUACAAAAUACCAUUCUCUCUGUGUUUCCUCCAUUGAUAUUUCCGAUUCAAAAUCAUAGAAACCUCCAGCUAUAUACUCGUGACUCAUGCUCACACACCAACACCUCCCUCUUAUAUAUCCUUAAGAGCGCAGAGAGUCAUCUACAUAAACUCGACCAUGUUACUAUAAACCUCUCCCUCUCUUAUUUUUUCGUGGAAGACAUAAUCUUUGCCUCUAUCGGAGCAAAAGAGAGAGGGUGCAAGCCUGUGAUCUUGUGAACGUAAAAGCUCGACAAGGAAGGAAGGAAGAGAGCCUAGUUAGCACUUUUGGCACUAUAGACGACUUUUCAUAUUUCGGCAAUAUGGCACUUUGUUCUCAAGGAGGCUUGCUUUUGUUUGCAAUGCUAAUACUGGCAUUUGAUGUAUCCGGCACCCUAGCUUCGCCGGAAAUUGCAAUUCAGAUCAAAUCUGCCACUUUUCUUUCACCUGAGUUUGUGCUGGGACCAGGAUCAGUGGAGGAUAGAUACUAUAGCAAUAUUGACUUCCCCAGAGGUCAUGUUGGUAUCAAGAGUUUCAAAGCUGAAGUGAUUGAUAAUAUCGGGAACCCUAUACCCCUUCACGAAACUUAUCUUCACCAUUGGGUUGUCGCGAAAUACUAUCAACGUCAGGGUAUGGCUGAGAACAAUGAUAAGCAUAAGUUUCAGCUGUCAGAUUAUUUAUUUGCAGGAAACAGUGGAAUAUGCCAAGGGAAUGUUCUGGGACAGUAUUUUGGACUUGGAUCCGAAACACGAAAAACAGAUACUUAUGUUCCCAAUCCUUAUGCAAUAGAAAUUGGCAACCCAGAUGAAGUUCCUGAAGGGUAUGAGGAGAAAUGGUUGCUUAAUGUUCAUGCAAUUGAUACACGUGGCGCCGUAGAUAGGUUGGGAUGCACUGAAUGCAGGUGUGAUCUGUAUAACAUCACAGUGGAUCAACAUGGUCAACCUUUGAGGCCAGGCUACAUAGGAGGUCUGAGAUGUUGCUAUGACCAAACUCAGUGUAAGGUACAACAAGGUUAUGGGGGUGCCAGAAGGAGUCUAUACUUGCGAUAUACGGUGGAAUGGGUGGAUUGGGAUUGCAGCAUUAUUCCUGUUAAAAUCUUUAUAUUUGAUGUCACCGAUACUGGGAAAAGGCUUAAUGGCUCAACAGGAGUAGGUCCAGAGAAUGGUUGCCAGGUUGAGUAUAAUGUUGAGUCUUGCAGCAGCGCCAUUAAUGCAGCUUCUGAUGGAUGCAUUGAUGCCAAAAGGACAAGCCUGACAAUGCCAAUCAGUGGUUAUGUCAUCUACGGUGUUGCUCAUCAGCAUACUGGGGGAGCUGGUUCAACUCUGUAUGGGGAGGAUGGACGUGUUAUAUGUACUUCAGAACCAAUUUAUGGAACUGGAAAGGAUGUAGGAGACGAGGCAGGUUACAUAGUAGGAAUGUCCACCUGUUAUCCUGAACCAGGCUCUAUCCAGAUAACAGCUGGGGAGAAUCUACUUCUUGAAUCUAACUACAACAGUACUCAAAAGCACACAGGAGUCAUGGGGCUUUUCUACAUUCUGGUAGCAGACAGAACACCAAAUCCCACAAAUUUCUUGCAUUCUCCAAUUCAUAUACAUAAAAACAUCAAAGUAUCCACACCUGCUGUAGCAAUAGUAGCUCUGUUUGGACUGGCAAUGGCCAUUGCUGUCGGCCUACUUUCUCGGAUGAAGAAGGGAAGGGAAGAAGGCUACCAACCAAUUAUGGCAUAGAGUUGUAAUCCUUUUUCCAUGAUCUAUGUAAUGGCAUUAGCAUCUCGAUAUAUGCAUAAUACAUGUCUUAGCUUGCUUUAUACACGGAUGAAAACAUUUCAACUGUAUGAAGCAUUAUUUUGAGCUUGUAAUUUCUUUAGGGGAUCCUUAUAGAUUCAACCAUAAAUAAUUUGUCUGAGUUGUUGGAAAUUAGUCAUAUUGCCGUGACUCAAUUCCAAGCACCAUUGUUAGACAUUCAGAUAGUAGGGUUGCUUUCUGUGAUACCACUGCAUAUGUAAAUGAACUAAAGUUGGAUUGAGCUGCUGGGGCAAGCACUACGAAGAAGAAGAAUUUCUACAA